AUGCUAAAUACAAGAUCUGUGAGUGUCCAGCUGCGUGAUCACAGUCCUGGCGCAAGAGUCCGAAUCACACGCGGAGAAUCGCAGGCUUCAUCUGCUGGCGGAAAAGUUGGCGAUUCUCUCUGGGAUUCGCGGGCUUGGCGGAAAUUCUGCCGGGCCGGAUCUUCCUCCGCCAUCUCCAAACUUCUGCUCUGCUCUACCCGGAGACUGGACAUCGUUCAAUCUCCGCCUCUAACCUCCGUCCGUCCAUUCUCCCCGGUCAUGGCGUCCGCUUCUCCGAUAAUGCGGCAGCUGGGCUGCUUCAGGUCGCUCAUGAAGCCUCAGACCUUCAAGCCAGCUCAGUUCAGUCGAUCCCUCUCGACUGUGCAUUCUCCGAAACCAGAGGCAGUUCCUCUUCCUACACAGAUUCCCAAGUCGAUGCUGUCGCAAUUACCCCCGCAAAUGCAGCCUAACUUCGGCCGUAAGAAGCUCCGUGCCUAUCCUCCACCGGCCAGCGCUCGUAAGGCGUGCAAAGACCCCGUGAACGCAGUCGCCGACGCCCAAAUGGCCACCCUUGAUCCCAACGGUGAACGCAGAGCCCUCUUCGACUACCGACGGAACCCUCGCAGUGUCAAGCCCGGCGACAUCCUCCGCGUGACCUUCAAGAACGGCGACCCAUUUGCGGGAGUGUGUCUGAGCAUCCGUCUGCGCGGCAUUGACACUUCUUUUUUGCUGCGAAACGAGCUCACCCGGGUUGGAGUUGAGAUGUGGGUGAAGGUUUUCAGUCCGAACGUUGAGAGUGUGGAGAUUGUGCAGAGAUCCGACAAGAGGAAGAGAAGAGCCAGGUUGUACUACAUGAGACAGCCCAGGCAUGACAUGCGCAGCGUUGAGAACAUCGUGUCGAACUACCUCCGCCAAAAGUCCGCUCUUGCCGGUGGUCGUCAGAACAGGAGACGGUGA